ACUUUUCUCUCCGUUUGUUUACAAAACAAUUCUUAUUUUCAAUUGAAAUUUUUGCAAAAUUCUUUAAAAAACCAUGACAAUUUUAUAUAAAGUUCAGAAUCCUGGUGGCAAUAAAGAUGGUUACCUCUUGCCCAAUUGUGUUUUGUGUAAAAUAUCGUGCAAAAAUGUUGUGGCGUUUUGUGUCCACCAAGGUUUGCAAAGCAACAUUUAUGUCUGUGACAUAGUGACUCCUUGGCAAAGUUUCAAGUUAAAUACUUGUAAAAAUAUUGUUACCGUCUUGGAGUGGAAUCAAACUGGUGAGUUUUUAAUGGCUGGCUGUAAGAAUGGCAUUUGUGAGAUUUGGUCCACCAAACAGAAUUGCAUCAACAGUUGGAUAUUACUAUACAAGGCCAAUUUGCCAAGUGAGGAGAUAUUAAGUGCAAAAUUUUUCCAUAAUGGCAAGAGAGUGUACUUUAAUACACACAAAAAAGAUCUACAGGCCUAUUCCGAUAAGUUUGAAAGAAUGGAUUUUAGACCUUCCAUGACCCACUUUGGCAAUACUCCUGUGGAGGGAGUAUUUGUUUUAACUUCGUCCGGUUUGUUGGGUGCUUUUAUUAUACCAAAAUUAUUACCACCAGCGGAUAGUUUAACCAACGGCAGCUAUGUGCCCACAGAUUUAAAUGUUUACACCCAUUCUAUUGGUUUAUCAAGGAGUUACAUUACACACAGCAGUGUAACUUGGUGUCCCACCGGGUACUUUAGUGUGGCGGUCAACAGCUGGCAUGAACCAUUAAUUAACUGCUAUAAAGUUAAUGUAGAAAGAGAUGCAGAGGAGUCAGUCACCAUUAAAUGCAAUUCCGUGGCUAGUAUUUUCUUGCCCAAAGGAGAGGUAGAGAGCAAACAAGUUUCCCAUAUACGUUGGCGCACUAUAAAUGGCGAGGAAAUUCUAUUUGUAGUCUAUGACUGUUUGGAAGGCAGUUUCAUAGAACAAUGGAUUUUAACCAAGAAGCACCAGGCCGUUCAUAAGUUAUUGCAAAAGAAUAAAAGUGACUUUGUUCAAUGGGAGCAAUGGGAAAAUUCUGCUAAACUAGCGUUGUCCUCCCGAGUAUGUGAUGUAUGCAUUACCAAACUACCUUCGGAAGCCAUGUUGAUUUUUGCUACUUUACGCGAUAACUCCGUACAAGUUUUGGAGUUGGGUUUAAAGAAAAUAGGUUCUACUGUAUUUGAGCGUAUGGCAGAGGAACAACAUAGAAUGCCUUGCAAGCUAUUAACCGCUGAUGUCACUUAUCUUAAUCAAUUAUUGGUUUUGUUUGACAAUUUUGGCCAAAUGUAUGCCAUGCAAGUACCCACAAAUCAUUAUGAUAAAAACUACAAAAUGAAUCCUUUAUCCCUACCGGUAGCUUUACUGGAAUAUAGCAUAGUAACUGGCAUAGAUGCUAGUGAUGUGAUCAUGUUAAAUCUACCCAAUCUAGAAAUGUUGGCUGAAAAACUUACGGAGAAUUUUACACGACAACACAACUUCACCAGACAAUUUUAUUAUUCAAAUUUUCUCUCCUUGAAAAGCAAUCUCUGCCGCAUACAAUCCAAACAACAGGAUUUUGAUAAUCUUAUAACACUACACUCCAUCUCCAUUGCUUUCAAAUCUUUACUACGCCCCUCCGAUCUAAGUUCUCAGGAUAAGGGACCGGCUGAAAAUUUGUCCAUGAUUUUAUCUGAUCCAAAUCCUCAAUACAAUGAUGUGGAUAAAGUUCUUUGUGUCUUAGAUGCUAAAGAUUAUACAGUAGAGCCGGCUACCCUACAAAGUCUGCAGCAACUUAUACAGUGGGUAGCCGAUUUGGGUUUAAAUAUACUCAACAAAUUGCCAGAUGAAAUAAUGAAGAGUAAAUUCAAUAAGAAACAUGGUUAUGAUAUAAGCCGAGAUAUGAUCGCCAUAAGCAGUAUACGUGAACUGCUGGUAAUGAUACGCAUAUGGGGUUUAUUAAAUCCCCAAUGUCUACCCAUCUAUACUAAAUCCAUAGAAUCCUUUGAUGUGCUACCCGUGCUGUUUAGACUCCUUACCAGACUCUAUCAGAACCCCAAUGAACCCGAUGAUGGUUUACUAGAUGACUGCAGUGUUUUAUCCACACAGGUGUUAAUACCCAACCGUCACUUGAACACGCCUACAACUUUACUAAAUAGUCAUGCCACAACCAAACUAUUUCCGUUCGUUUUUCAAACUUCUGUAGAACCUUUGGCCUUGCAAGAUCUACACUACGAUGAAGUGGUAUUCGCCAAUAGUACCCGAGAUGAUGUUAGCAACUUACAUUUGGGCUCCAAAGUCAAAUCGGUACGCAAAUGUAUACGUUGUGGUUUUAUUAAUAACAUUAAUAGGAAUACUAAGACAUCGGCUUUAAAAGCCUGGUGUCAGCGUUGGGAGUAUUGCCACUGUGGAGGUUUUUGGUUAACAACAUAGAUUUUAAGUGUGUGUGUGAAUAACAUUUUAUAGUUUUAUAAAUAUUUUAUAAUAUUUUAAAUAUUCUAUUUGUAAA